GGGAGGCGCGAGCAGAGUCUCUGUCUGCUACAAUCUGUUGCUCCGGCUCUCUGAGCCGGCAGAUCCGGGUCUCGUGGCGAGGUGUGACGUGGUCAAUCGAAUCAAAACAGAGGAGGAAGGAGGCUGCGGUGGCGGCUUUGGUGGUAGCUGCAGAGGCCGCAACAGCAAUAGCUUUGGCAGUGGUUCUGGAGGGCUCCAGACUUCUGCCCAUAGUUCCGGCUCCUUCCUCUCCAGUUGUCACGGGAAGGACAAUUUUGUUGAUCAACCUUGGUAAUCAUGGCAGAAGGUGGAUUUGAUCCCUGUGAAUGUGUUUGCUCUCAUGAACAUGCAAUGAGACGAUUGAUCAAUCUGUUGAGACAGUCCCAAUCCUACUGCACAGACACAGAAUGCCUUCAGGAAUUACCAGGACCUAAUUCUUCUCUUGACCCUGGCCUCAGUUUCCCCAUGAUAAUAAUGUUCUGGGUGACUAUUGCAAUGAUCUUGUUCCUAAUGAGACCUUUUAAUCUGAGAGGAUCCAUCAUAGCUGGAAAACCAACCAGGCCACAUAAUGGACAAGACCCACCAGCUCCUCCUGUGGAUUAGACUUUAUAUCAUAGAAAAUGAAAACAGCUUAACACCUUGCACGACCAAAUGAAAGAAAACGACCAGAGUACUCUUAAUCCAAUUAGUACUAUUUUUCCCUUUGCAUUUACAGCAUAGGAUGGUAUUGUUUUCAUGAGCUACUAGAAAUUUUACUGUGAUCUAAUUUUUUGUUUCCCAUGUUGCCACCAUUCCUAUUUAGAGUAUAUUUGAGUAAAUGAUUUUUUUUAAAGGAGUCACAUGGGAUUCUGGGGUUUCUUGACCUUAAACAUUCCACUUAUUCUCUUUGUAAUGGUUAUGCUUUUUUGUGUGUGUGAUAAUUUCUGGCCUGAUUGAAGGAGAAUUGCAAUCUCUGCAUUUAAACUGAUGAAAUGAUUUUGAUAGUUUUUAUAGGAUUGAUUUUUUUUUUGGCAUAAGGUAUUGUUUUAAAGUUAUUUGAACUCAUUUGGGAAAUUUAGAACCACAUUAUAUUUAUACUCAACCUGAUAGACACUCUCUGUGGAAGGUGGUCUUAUCCCUAUCCUCCAGACUUUUUAAAUCUGAUGGAAUUUUUACCAUUGGUGGCAAAAGCCCAUUAGACCUGAGUCGUAUGUUUAGAAAAGAAAGAAGAAAUUAUAUGGUUGUUUACUAAACUUCUACCUUCCAUGAAAUUAUUUUACAUUAAAAAGGUCAAUAAAUGCAAGUGACUGACAAAGUACAUAUUAACUUCAUUAUAUAAAAUAUUUGUAAGCCACUGAGUAACUAGCUAGACUUAAAAAGUUUAUAAAAAGAGAAAAUUUAACAAAUCCUGGCUAUACUGAGAGUAAUCUAUAUCAUUUUAAUUUAAACUAUAAUUUAUUGUUUAUGAUGAAAACCUGUAAAAAUUAAGAAUAGCUUUUGACUUAUUGGCUCCAGGUUUUUAGAACUAAAACUUGGAUUACCACUUUUCCUUUCUGUGAGUAUAACUUUAAAACUUUUGAGUGCCUCUUUGGCCACUGAUUUCCAGAUAUUGUUUUACUUGUUAAUUCUCUGACCUCUUUGAAAAUUGUUUUGACUUUGAUGCCUUUCUAACAUUUUAACAAAUCUUCACAAAUUUUUUGUUGGUUCCAGGGAAAGAUAUGGCAGAUGGGGAAGAAUGAGACGUUUAUUCUCUCCCCUUACUGUGUGAGUCCUGUUUUAACUAAAGGGAGGGAUGCUUUGUAGACAUUAAUUUAAGAACAUUUUUGAAAUGUACAAAAAAAUAAACGUUUAUAUGUUUUUCUUGGCCAAUUUGGAAAAUGAGCGAAAAAUAUAAAGACUAUAUGUACAUGACCUACUUGGUUAUGGAAUUUUUCCUAGUGAGAACAGUUUAUGGGGACCUAGAAAGUAUACUUCUAUCCAACAUAUGACAUUUUUUCAUCAUAAAAGCAAAAUCAGCAUAGACUCUCAUUCUGUAGAUCUUGCACUUGUACAUCACUAUAUCACUGCACUAUGUAACAGUCUCUGAUAUAGUCUUGUGGCACUUAAAGUAUUUUUUUAGCUUGCAUUCUAAUUCAUCUACACAAUGUAAGGUCAUCAUUUUAGAUAUACAAUCUGAUAUUCCUAACUUACAUUCUUUCUUGUACAUCUUAAGUUUUCUGACCAACUUGAUGAAAUAAUACAACCAACUCUUAAUUACUCGUGCUAAUAGAGUAGCAUGUCACAGGAAGUCAGAUACUACAAGUCUUAAUCCUCCAAAAUAAAAGUUUCCCUCUGCUGUGAUCCCUUGACAAUCAGCCUCUGCUUUCCCAGCUCUAAACUUGUAGAAAUUGCCGGGGUAACAGACUCCUAUGAUGAAAGUUGGGGGACUCUUCCUUUGCUCCCCUCCUUCACGUUCUCCAUAUCCUCCAAGUGGCCAUGUAAUCCUACACUAUUCCAGCAGCACACAAGUCAUUGAGAGUUGGCUGUUAUGAACAGUUUUAAGUAACAUGGUAGCAGAGUGGUAUAGUGUCAGGCUGGGCCCUGGAAAUCUUGUUUCUAUUCUGAGAACGUAGGGCCUGCGCUCCCAUUGCUGGUAUUUAUUUGAUACCUGAUCUGAAGCAAGGUUUUUGUUUUUGUUUUUUUUCUUUGUAUCAGAUUACUUAUCUACAGAUUAAUAACAGUAGUUCUUAUCUCCACAGAGCAUUAAUUCUAAUUACAUUGCUUGUAAAAUUCUUCAGCACCUGUAAUAGGGCAAGAUAUACAGUCUGUUCUUACAACAGUAAUUUACAAUGCAAAAACAUAACCCUUAAAGCUUCUGCAUGAUUGAUGCCUUUUUAUUGAACAAACUAGUAAGUCAUUUGCCUUAUAAGCAUUAGCUUAAGACCAUCACUACAAUCCUUUUUUUCUUAAAUAGAAAAUUUUUGAAUACUCUGGAAGAAAAAAGAUUAGGGCCCCAUCUUUUAAAAUCACCAGUGGCACUUAAACACUGCAAAUAGAUUGUUGUUGAUCAUUUUGUUCAUUACCACAUAAUUAGUUUUAUUUAUGCAGAACAGUGCUUUUGGCUUUAUGUACAAGAAAAGCAAAGUUGGAAAUGUUUUGUGGUAAAAUGUUUUAUGAUGUACCAGGCCAUGAUCCCACAUUCAGCAAGUCACAUUUUUAAACUUGCAAAGAUUCUCUAAAGUAACUAUCAGUCACAGCCUAUCACAAGGUUACUUUUAGUGUCUUUUUGUGAUUUGUGAAUUGAAAGUGUACCAUCGUGUUUAUAUGGAAUUUAUAUAGGUCACAUUUUAGAAGGAACUUUGAAAGAGAUUAAAUAUUGCAAGACUUUCACUAAUCAGAUUUGUUCUAAAACAUUGCCAGGUGAAUUCUUGAGACAGGAAUUCUAGCAACCUGAAGAAGCAAUGAAGAGAGUUUACAGUUAAUGGAUUAAAUCUUUGUUAUUGCAGUAGUAGGCUUAGUCUCUUAAUAUAUUAUAUUCUUAAAUGAAGAAUCAUGUGUGUUUGUUACUGUGUCUGAAGAUCACUUUGUUUAAAAAACAUACAAAAACAACAAAAAAAGGAAAAGUGGUCAUGUGAUGUACUAAAUGUUAAUUGCUGGUUUAAAAUGUCUAAAUUAUGCCAAACAAAUCAUGUCUGUGCCAUCCAGGGUUUCCUGUUAAUCUUUUACUGAGUACUUGGAUUGGGGUAAAGGGCUUGUACUAUGCACUUUUUAUUAAUGAAUAAAUAGAAAACAUUAGUAAC